ACAGGAGCUGAUCUGAAGUCAGUUUAAGGUCACCAUCUUCUCAUAGCGGCAGUGCGGAUACCCGGGCGACUAAACUGAUCUGCAUUCGUGAGCGGUUUUACAAUUGAAAGGAAAAUUCCAGGGGGAUAGAGGCGCGCGCCGAGAGCCCAGGAUGAGGCGCUCCUCCCUGAAGCGCCUGAGCCGAGCCAACACGCAGCUCCGCGCUCUGUGACACAGAGCAGCCAGCGGCGGACAUUCAGGCAGCAUCUGGAAGCAUCAGGGGGAGACAGCAAGGAGGCCUGAGCAAGGAAGGCUGAAGAGCGUUUCUUCCAUAAGCGGACUGAGCAGACACUCAUGGCUUCACAGGAGCUCGGAAACGCCAGAGAGUCUGCCACCGACAAUCUGAAGCCAGGAAUUGACAAUGAUGCUGCGCCCGGCACCAACAAAUCCUGCCCCGUCCACGCUCCGAGUGGCGAGGAGACCAAGAGGGGCUUCCGGAAGGGCAUGAGCAGACACAAUGACUAUGUGAAAAUCACCGUGCCUGAGUCCAAAGUCAACCGUCUGCCCGCCGAGUGGUGGAAGACGGUCAUCGCCUUUUUCUACGCUGCUUUUAACCUGGUCUUGACGACCGUGGUCAUCACCGUCGUGCACGAGAGAGUCCCACCGAAAGAGACCAGCCCGCCUCUUCCUGAUAAGUUUUUUGACUACAUCGACCGGGUGCAGUGGGCCUUUGCGGUGACAGAGAUCAACGGCAUGCUGCUGGUGGCCAUCUGGAUGAUCCAGCUCUUUUUCUUUAAAUACAAGUCGAUAGUGUUUCGGAGGUUCUUCUUCCUCAUCGGCACCCUGUACUUGUACCGUUGUGUGACCAUGUACAUCACCACCCUGCCUGUGCCUGGCGUGCACAUGACCUGUGCUCCUAAGCUUUACGGAGACUCCCAGGCAAAACUUCAGCGAAUUCUGCGGCUGAUGUCCGGCGGAGGCCUCUCCAUGACAAACUCUCAUCUGCUGUGUGGAGACUUCCUCUACAGUGGGCACACAGUGAUGCUCACCCUCACCUACUUGUUCAUCAAGGAGUAUUCGCCGCGGUCGUUUUGGUGGUACCAUCUCAUAUGCUGGCUGCUGAGUGCUGUGGGUGUGGUCUGCAUCCUGGUGGCCCACGAGCACUACAGCGUGGACGUAGUUGUGGCCUACUUCAUCACAUCCCGUCUGUUCUGGUGGUACCACACCAUGGCCAACUUACAGACCCUAAAAUGCUCGCCCAACAAUUAUCUCACCAACACCUGGUGGAACCCGUUGUUUAACUUCCUGGAGAGGAACGUGCAAACGUCGGUGCCGUGCUCCUUCGUUUGGCCCCUCUCCUGGCCGUCUGUGUGCCUGAAGAACCCCUGCAAGAAGUACUCCAUGGUACAAAGCACACGGGAGGAGUAACUCAGCUGCUGUAGCACCUUUGCCUGAUGACCCACUGGAGUGGAGUUAACUCAGUCAGUAUUGUCUUAUGUGCAGGGACCAGAAUCUACCUACUUCAUCGUUUGUAGAAUAUAGGAUAAAGCAAAGAGAAUUACAGCAAAAUGAAGAAUCUGUAUUUUGCCACUGUGGUUUAUUUAUGACAUAAAGUGCUGCAAGGAUCCUCUGGGUAUCACAACUACUUCCAUUUCAACAUAGCAGCUUCAUUCUUCCAGUACUUCGUUUUAUUAGAUAGAUACUACAAAAACUGCGAUGUGUCUUUAGUGUGACCUCAGUAUGAUAUUGUACUGAAGUCACAAGGUGCCUUAGUGUUUUCAACAUCUGUAUCUGUACCAAAGCUGCCAUUCUUGUCUUAAAUUCAUCUUUGUAUUCUUUUAAGUUCAUCGAGUUUGUGUUAUUUGUAGUAGCCAUAAGUUUGUUAACUGUAGUACUCAAGUUGUAGCUCUCUAAUAAAAUAUAACAGUGAUAAAAAUAC